AUGCCCAAUGCAGCUGCGAUUGCUGUUGUGAUGCGGUUGGGUGAAUUGAAAACCUUGAUGUUGUGGUCAAAAUCGCUGUUGUGGACAGAUCUGAGAGUGUUUGGGAAGGAGAAAGGGUGGUGUCCAUACUAUUUGGCACGCCAUAUGGUGCAGUUUGCUAAUGUGGUGGUAUAUAGCUAUCAGUAUUUGCUUGAUCCAAAGGUGGCUGGCAUAAUAUCUAAGGAAAUGCAGAAAGAGUCUGUUGUUGUGUUUGAUGAAGCUCAUAAUAUUGAUAAUGUCUGUAUUGAAGCGCUUAGUGUGAGUGUGAGGAGGCAGACUAUUGAAGGUGCUAGAAGAAACCUUACUAGGAUGCGUCAGGAAAUUGACAAGUUCAAGGCCACUGAUGCAGGUAGACUCCGUGCUGAAUACAAUAGGCUUGUUGAAGGUUUGGCAUUAAGAGGAGACUUGUCUGCUACUGAUGCCUGGCUAGCAAAUCCAGCCUUGCCUGAUGAUAUAUUGAAAGAGGCUGUGCCUGGAAAUAUUCGCCGGGCUGAGCAUUUUAUUCAUGUUUUACGUAGAUUAGUUCAAUAUCUUGAAGGACGCUUAGACACUGAGAAUGUGGAGAAGGAGAGCCCUGUUAGCUUUGUUGUCUCUAUUCUUAACCAUGCUGGAAUUGACCAAAAAUCACUAAAGUUCUGUUAUGACCGCCUUCAUUCAUUGAUGAUGACUUUGGAAAUUACAGACACGGAUGAGUUCCUUCAUAUCCAAACUAUAUGUGAUUUUGCCACCCUUGUGGGAACGUAUGCUCGUGGUUUUUCUAUUAUAAUUGAACCUUUUGAUGAGCGUAUGCCACACAUUCCUGAUCCUGUAUUACAGCUUUGUUGCCACGAUGCUUCUCUUGCUAUCAAGCCAGUUUUUGAGCGAUUUCAGUCUGUUGUGAUUACAUCUGGCACACUAAGCCCAAUAGAUCUAUACCCUCGUCUUCUGAAUUUCAAUCCUGUUGUCAGUCGAAGUUUUACUAUGUCCUUAACAAGAGAUUGUAUAUGUCCAAUGGUGCUCACCCGUGGCAGUGAUCAGCUCCCAGUCAGUACAAAAUUUGAUAUGAGAAGUGAUCUGGGUGUAGUAAGGAAUUAUGGAAGGCUCUUACUGGAAAUGGCUUCGGUUGUCCCUGAUGGGAUUGUAUGUUUCUUUGUUAGUUACUCAUAUAUGGAUGGAAUAGUCAAUACCUGGAAUGAAAAUGGAAUUUUAAAGGAAAUAAUGCAACAUAAACUUGUUUUCAUUGAGACUCAGGAUGUGGUAGAGACUACAUUAGCUCUUGAUAACUACCGAAAGGCUUGUGAUUGUGGAAGAGGUGCUAUCUUUUUUUCUGUUGCUAGGGGAAAGGUUGCUGAAGGUAUAGAUUUUGAUCGACAUUAUGGUCGACUGGUAAUCAUGUUUGGUGUUCCUUUCCAAUACACAUUAAGCAAGAUUUUGCUUGCACGCCUGGAAUAUUUACGAGAUACUUUUCAAAUUAAGGAAGGAGAUUUUCUGACUUUUGAUGCACUGAGACAAGCUGCUCAGUGUGUGGGUCGUGUAAUCCGUUCAAAAGCUGAUUAUGGAAUGAUGAUUUUUGCAGACAAAAGGUAUAGCCGUCAUGACAAACGGUCAAAAUUGCCUAGUUGGAUUCUUUCUCAUUUACAUGAUGCCCACCUGAACUUGAGCACAGACAUGGCUUUGCAUAUAGCACGUGAGUUCCUCAGGAAAAUGGCCCAGCCAUAUGAUAAAACUGGUGGCACCGGCAAGAAAACCUUGUUGUCCCAGGAAGAUUUGCAGAAGAUGGUUAUCAGUGGCAUGGAUGAUAUGAUGUUUUGA